AUGGAGCCGGCAGGCACCGGGCGGAGCCUGAGGGCGCCACCGCCGCCGCUGCUGCUGCUGCUGCUGCUGCUCCUGCAGGUGGCGGGGCCGGUGAGCACCCUGGCUGAGACCCUGCUGGACGCGCCCAGAGCCAUGGGCACCAGCUCCAGCCCGCCCAGCCCCGCGAGCGUGGUGGCUCCCGGAACGACGCCGUUCGAGGAGAGUCGAUUACCCGUGUUCACCCUGGAUUAUCCCCACGUGCAGAUCCCCUUCGAGAUCACCCUGUGGAUCCUGCUGGCCUCCCUGGCCAAGAUAGGCUUCCAUCUCUAUCACAAGUUGCCCACCAUCGUGCCUGAGAGCUGCCUUCUUAUAAUGGUUGGACUUCUGCUAGGCGGGAUUAUUUUCGGAGUUGAUGAAAAGUCCCCCCCUGCCAUGAAGACUGAUGUGUUCUUCUUAUAUCUCCUGCCACCCAUCGUGCUUGAUGCGGGCUACUUCAUGCCCACGCGCCCGUUCUUUGAGAACUUCGGCACCAUUUUCUGGUAUGCUGUGGUGGGGACACUGUGGAAUUCCAUUGGCAUUGGGGUGUCUUUGUUUGGUAUCUGCCAGAUUGAAGCCUUUGGCCUGAGUGACAUCACUUUGCUCCAGAAUCUGCUCUUCGGCAGCUUAAUCUCCGCUGUGGAUCCCGUGGCUGUGCUGGCCGUUUUUGAGAACAUUCACGUCAACGAGCAGCUCUACAUCCUGGUCUUUGGAGAGUCCCUGCUGAAUGAUGCAGUGACAGUGGUCCUGUACAACUUGUUCAAGUCUUUUUGCCAGAUGAAGACCAUUGAGACCAUUGACGUGUUUGCUGGAAUCGCGAACUUCUUUGUUGUGGGAAUUGGUGGGGUGUUGAUUGGUGUCUUCCUGGGAUUUAUAGCGGCGUUUACGACUCGGUUCACACACAACAUCCGAGUGAUCGAGCCGCUCUUUGUCUUCCUGUACAGCUAUUUGUCCUAUAUAACAGCCGAAAUGUUUCACCUCUCGGGUAUCAUGGCAAUCACUGCAUGUGCAAUGACUAUGAAUAAGUACGUGGAAGAAAAUGUAUCUCAAAAAUCCUACACCACCAUCAAGUAUUUCAUGAAGAUGCUGAGCAGUGUCAGCGAGACCCUGAUCUUCAUCUUCAUGGGCGUGUCCACCGUUGGGAAGAACCACGAGUGGAACUGGGCCUUCGUCUGCUUCACCCUGGCCUUCUGUCUCAUCUGGCGAGCACUGGGUGUCUUUGUCUUGACUCAGGUCAUUAAUUGGUUCCGGACAAUUCCCUUGACCUUCAAGGAUCAGUUCAUCAUUGCCUACGGAGGGCUGCGAGGUGCCAUCUGCUUUGCGCUGGUGUUUCUCCUUCCUGCUGCCGUGUUUCCUCGUAAAAAGCUGUUCAUUACGGCUGCGAUUGUAGUCAUUUUCUUUACUGUCUUCAUCCUGGGAAUAACUAUCCGACCACUGGUGGAGUUUCUUGAUGUGAAGAGGUCCAAUAAGAAACAGCAAGCUGUGAGUGAAGAAAUCCAUUGUCGGUUUUUUGAUCAUGUGAAGACUGGGAUUGAAGAUGUUUGUGGACAUUGGGGUCACAACUUUUGGAGAGACAAGUUUAAGAAGUUUGAUGACAAAUACCUGCGUAAGCUUUUGAUUCGGGAAAACCAACCCAAGUCAAGCAUUGUGUCCUUAUAUAAAAAGCUUGAAAUAAAACAUGCCAUUGAGAUGGCAGAGACUGGGAUGAUAAGUACUGUCCCGUCUUACGCAUCUCUAAAUGACUGUCGUGAAGAAAAAAUAAGGAAGCUCACACCUGGUGAAAUGGAUGAAAUUCGAGAGAUAUUAUCAAGAAAUCUUUAUCAAAUCCGUCAGCGAACUUUGUCCUACAACAGACACAAUCUGACGGCCGACACGAGUGAGAGACAAGCCAAGGAGAUUCUGAUCCGCCGAAGGCACAGUUUGCGAGAGAGCAUUAGGAAAGACAGCAGCUUGAACCGGCAGCACAGGGCUUCCACUUCGACCUCCCGGUAUUUAUCCUUACCAAAAAAUACAAAGCUUCCAGAAAAGCUACAGAAGAAAAAGAACGUUUCUAAUGCAGAUGGCAACAGCAGCGACUCCGACACGGAUGCCGGGACCACCGUCCUCAACCUGCAGCCCCGAGCGAGGCGCUUCUUGCCAGAACAGUUCUCCAAGAAAGCGCCCCAGUCCUACAAAAUGGAGUGGAAGAACGAGGUGGACGCGGAUGCCGGCCGCCGGCAGCCCGGCACUCCCCCCGCUGCCCGCAGCAGAGACGACGGCACGCAGACCCCCGCCGUGCUCCGGCAGCCCCUCCUCUCCGAGGGCGACAUCGGCCCGGCGGGGGAGGACAGUGAGGCUGAAGGCCUCCGCCCCAAGCCGCCACCCAGGCUGGUCCGAAGGGCGUCGGAGCCUGGAAACCGGAAAGCCCGAUUCGGGAGUGAGAAGCCUUAA